CAUCUAUAGACUCGAUAUGACUAUUGACUCAGUACUAUUCAUCUCCUGUCCAUACCUUUCUUUAGAAUGUAAUAGGUGAGGAACCAACCUUUAAACGUGAAAACUGCAUGGCCAUCGAUGCAAAUGGGACCAAGAUUGCUGUCUUUGGAGGCAUUCCCGGGUGGGCGGAACCACCUACUCCUGAACUAUAUGUGCUGGAUCUUAAUUCGAAAGAGUGGAGAAAGGCUCCUAAUGCGACUUCGCCUCGCAGCUUUCCUGCUUGUGCCCUGGUUGGGGACCAAUUCAUAAUCUGGGGUGGCCAGAAUACUAAAAACCCAAGUGGUGAUGGAUCAAUGUUGUUAUUCGAUCUAUCCAAGUUUGAAUGGGUUACAACUUAUACACCUCCGAGUUACCUACUGCCCACCAAACCGACUACCACCGCGUCUCCAGGAGCUUCAGUAACGUCUGAGGCUCCUGCUCCGACGAAGCAUGAAUCUUCAAGUAUUAAUAUUGGAGCCAUUAUAGGAGGGGUUAUCGGAGCCUUGGCUGCUAUAGCGAUUGUUGCAGGAGUGUUCAUUUACAGGCGGCGGAAACAAAAGAACCAGAAGAGCGAGAUCCCUGGAACGAAAGAUGUCAAGCAAGGACAUGCUCCGCCUGAACACUAUGGCAAGCAAGAGCAUGGCUUAAUGGAAGGAGUGUCCGAAGAUUAUGGCAAAACUCCAGUUUACAGUCCUCAGCUGGUUAAUGUCAGCUCGCGCCAUCCUCAGCAAACGCCUAUUCUAGGUCGGGAUCCUCAUGGUGAACCUGCUCCAAAAUAUGAAGCUACAGAACACUAGGCCGCAUUGAUGAUUAGAGUAACUACUUAUAUAUAAAAAAGUAAAAAAU